AUGGAUAACAACGUGGAGCCAGCCGUUGCAAAAGAAGCGGUACUGCAGGAAAGCGCAAAGUUACCGGCGGACACACCAACUAUUCGAGGCUACGAUUGGAACGAAGGAUAUAACUAUGAAAAACUGUUCGGCUCGUAUGUUCACAGUGGAUUCCAGGCGACGAAUCUCGGGAAAGCGAUUGAAGAAGUUAAUAAAAUGAUUACCGCUCGACGUGUUCCUCUCCCUGAGGAUAAACUUGAUGUGUACGAAGAGGAUGAUUUCAUCAGACGGCGUUCAAGCUGUACCAUUUUCCUUGGCUACACUUCCAACAUGGUAUCCGCUGGAGUACGCGAAACGAUCAGAUUUUUAGUGCAACAUCGUAUGGUGGACUGCAUUGUGACGACGGCGGGAGGUGUAGAAGAGGACCUGAUCAAAUGCCUGGCACCAACCUACCUUGGGUCAUUUGAACUAGCAGGGCGAGAACUGCGCGAGAAAGGCAUCAAUCGGAUAGGAAACCUACUGGUACCGAAUGAAAACUAUUGUCAAUUCGAGAACUGGGUUACUCCCAUCCUAGAUGAAAUGCUAGAGGAGCAAAAGAGCAAAGGGACUCUGUGGACACCGUCGAAGGUGAUCGCUAGGUUGGGUGAAAAAAUUAACGAUGAAACGUCGAUCUACUACUGGGCUGCCAAGAAUCACAUUCCCGUAUUCAGUCCUGCGUUGACUGAUGGCAGUCUGGGUGAUAUGAUGUAUUUUCACUCUUUCCGCAACCCGGGGCUUGUAGUGGACAUCGUAUCGGAUUUACGGCGACUUAACACGAUGGCUGUGAAGGCCGUUCAAUCUGGUAUCAUCAUCGUCGGUGGUGGUGUGAUAAAGCACCAUGUUUGCAAUGCGAAUCUGAUGCGAAAUGGUGCGGAUUUCUCGGUGUUUAUCAACACCGCAUCCGAGUACGAUGGCAGCGAUAGUGGAGCCCGGCCAGAUGAAGCUAUUUCGUGGGGGAAAAUAAAGAAAGACGCAUCGCCUGUAAAGGUGUACGCGGAGGCCAGCUUGGUUUUUCCGAUACUAAUUGGUGAAACAUUUGUUAAGGAUCAUUUUCGGGAAAAAUAA